AUCAGAUCUGUCGUUUUAAUCAGCAAGAAACCUGUUAUGCAGCUCUGGAAGGAAAACUAUCUCUGCAGAUGAUUCAGUAUAUUAAUAUAUCUAAACUGGAAUUAAAGAAAGAAAACAUUAUAAUUUGUAAAAUAGUAAAGGACAAUAUCAUUAAACCUGGUCUUUACUGUAACAGACCUUACCUUUUGCUCAGUAAUGGCACUGUGAUUAUAAACAGUGUGACCAAAAAAGAUUCAGGGAGAUACACAUUACAGCUAACUAACCUACAGGGCAAAGACACAUUUACAGAACUUGAAGUGAAUGUUGAAGCUCCUAUUGGCUCAGUGAAUGUGUCAGUCGAAUGCAUCAGUGGGAUCAUUUGGGCAUACUGCUCCUCUGAUGGGGAUUCACUCUUCUUCAUCUGGACUCUGAAUGGACAACCACAUGCACAAGGAUAUAUGACCACCAUUUAUCUGGAUAGGGAAACUUCUGAAAACCUCACCUGCAGCGUAAAGAACCACUUCAGUCAUGGAGAGAAGAGCAUCACUAUAAACCAUUGUCCGGGUGUGGAUCGGAUCUGCAGGUUUAAUCAGACAAAACCCUGUUAUGCAGCUCUGGGAGAAAAACUCUCUCUAUGGAUGGUUCAGGAUAUUCAUAUAUCUAAACUGGAAUUAAAGAAAGAAGAGAGUUUAAUUUGUAAAAUAAAAAUGGUUACAUUUGGUUUUUACUGUAACAGACCUGAUGUUAUCAUCAGUAAUGGCACUGUGAUUAUAAACAGUGUGACCAGAGCAGAUUUAGGGAGAUACACAUUAGACCUUUAUGACUUAAAGGGCACACUAAAAUCUACUACAGGACUUCAAGUGAAUGUUGAAGUCUCUCUGAUGUUUGUGAUAGUGUGGACCUUACAGAUGAUAUUUCUUCUGCUUCUGUUAGGAGGCUUUCACAUCUACAUCAGAAAGCGCACCAGCACACAAACACCAGGAGAAAAACAGCAAGAAGUUAUUGUUCUGUAUGACAACUAAAAUCAGAUUACAGAAUAACACCAACAGACAGAAGGAGAUUUUCACAUUAAUACUAUGCUAUUAUUAUUGUGACUUCUUUUAAGUUCUUUAAAUGUAAAUGUAUAUCAUUGCUUAAGUAUUGCAUGAAAUGUCAGAAUUACCCAUGUCAUAGGCCAAUGAAUUAAGUCUAACUGCACUGUAUAUUAAGCAUCAGAUUAUUCUUUUCACCUUAUUUUCUAUAUAAUAUUCAUUUAUGUGAUUUUCUUCGGUUCUGUGGAUUUCUUUAUUAAUGUGAGUUUUGGGCUGUGUCCGAAAGCUUAGGCAGCUGACUUGUUGCCCUGUUGCCUCGGCAAUGGCUUUGGAGGCAGUGUUGUGCAUGAAGGCAGCUCCAGGAAACACAUUCAGACAGCCUUCAUAGGCAGUGUAACAUAAUUCUGUUUAGAAUAUAAACAGAGAGUGUCUUUGUGAUAACUAAUUUAAUAUUUAGAAACUACAAUACAAAUUUCUCGCUAGAAAUGCAAUCAAAAGUAAUAACUUUAUUUACACAAAAACUGUGCUGCAGAUGCUUUUAUAUUUUUUCAAACUCAAACAGGCUCGACCAAUUAGAUUCCUUGGGCACACACACGCAUAGAAUUGUGUGACAUUGAAGGCAGCAAAAGUGUAUGCUGCUUUUAAAAAUUGACCUGAUGAAGGUAUCCCAGGAUACAGGAAAUUAAGCAAACAUCGGAUUCAAACGUGCCUUAAUGCCUUCCUACCUUGGAAUGCUCCCUCCGAGAGCUUUUAGAUGCAGCCUUGGUCUCACACUAUGUUCACUAUUGUGUUCUCUGCUUUUGAAAUUAUUUUAGCAUACAUGUAAGCUGUUUAAGUAUUUAUAUAUAGGAGUUUUCCCCCUGGACUAGCCAGGAAGGUUUUUCUCCUAGGGUUUUUUUCAUCCCCUGGAGAGUCCGCCACCUUUGGCUUAACUUACUACUUUACUGUAUACGUUACAUUAUUACUACGCUCGCUUUUCUAAGCUUUUCCUACAUCUAUAAUGUAA